UCGGGAGGCGAGAUGGCCGGCGAGGAGCUGUGGCAGGAGUGCUGUCACUGGCUGGCGAGAAUAGAGCUUAUUACGAGAGAUCAUGUCCUCACGUCGGAAAAUGCUAAACUCGCGGACCUUUGUCGGUUUCUUAGAGACGGUGUGAUGAUCUGUAAAAUCCUGCACAUCCUGGACGAGGGUUGCAUAGACCUGAGAGCGAUCAACCAAAGGCCUCAGAAUGCUCAGUUUUUGUGUAUGAAAAACAUCAGCAUCUUUCUGAGUACGUGUGAGAAGUUUGGCCUCCACAAAGAUGACCUUUUUGAACCACAAAUGCUCUUUGAGCUCACUGACUUUGGAAAGGUUUUAUCAACUCUCUCCAAACUUAGCAAAACCCCAAAGGCUCAGCAGCUGCAAGUGGAAGGAUUUCCACUUGUUAAUGGAAGAUAUGAUGAGGCCAUAUAUGACACCCUGGUCAAAGACAUAGAGAACCACAAUGUAGAAGCUCCAAACACUCCAACUGUGUCAGCGGGGAAUGGCCUCCGCUUUGGCACUAAUCACAACGCGUUAGGCCUUCCUUCUCGGAGACGGCACAACUCCGAUGAGGCAGUCUAUGAAUCGCUAUGUUAUGUGACUCUCAAGCCAAAGGAGGAGCUGAUGAUGAGAUGGCUUGGGCCUGAAGGUGAGGGGUCUUUUGAGGAUGAGGACCUCUACUAUAACACACAUGAGGGAAUAUACAUAGAACUCAGACUCGGCCCAGCACACCAAAGCCAGUGGGAGGAAAACAUUUACGACACUCCCACGGAAUUUGAGCCCUAUUAUUCUCAGUUAGUCGAAGAACUGGCCAGAGACUUACCAAGGGAGAAACGAGACCUCUGCCUGCAGGAGCUCAUAGAGACUGAAAACAAUUAUGUCGAAGCACUCGAGAUGCUCACGAAUAAGUUCCUCAGACCACUUAGAGAACUAAUUGAAGAAAGUCAGAUUGUGAAAAUUUUUUCAAAAAUACCGGUAAUGCAAGAAGAUUGCCUAUUUAGUUUUUUUUUCAUAGAGACUGAAAACAAUUAUGUCGAAGCACUCGAGAUGCUCACGAAUAAGUUCCUCAGACCACUUAGAGAACUAAUUGAAGAAAGUCAGAUUGUGAAAAUUUUUUCAAAAAUACCGGAAUUAGCCAAGAUUCAUAGAAUUUUACAUCAGGGUCUUAAGAAAGCACAAAACAACCCCCAUGCCUACAGUGUGUCUCAAGUCUUCCUUGAUAACCAGGAAAAGCUUUUAGUUUAUGGAGAAUAUUGUGCUAAUCUCACCUCAGCUCAGCAAGAGUUAGAAGACACGAUGAAGAACAAUGAUGCUGCACGACAAAAGAUUCAGGAAUGUCAGAAGGAAGUCAGUAAAGGAAGGCACCAGUUACGAGAAUAUUUAGUUGUGCCUCUACAGAGAAUCUUGAAAUAUCACCUUUUAUUACGAGAACUCAUCAGAUACACAUCAGCAAACCAUCCAGAUUUAGAGAACUUGAAAAAGGCACAUGAGGCAAUGAUGGAUCUAGCUGACUAUAUCAAUGAGGUUAAACGAGAUAAUGAAAUGCUACAGAUAAUUGAAGACAUUCAGACAAGCAUCAUGGACAUUCCUGAGGAACUAAGACGAAGAGAGGACCUUGGGAAACUAAGGCUGGAUGGAGAAAUAAAGAUUGAAUGUCACCCAGAACCCAAUAAGAAAAGAUAUGUUUUUGUUUUUGACAAAGUCAUGAUGAUGUGCAAAUCAGCCAAGUGGCAGGAGGAGAAGUAUGUCUUCAAAGACUGUGUGAAGCUUGAGAACUGCAAAGUGGAAGACACUGUGUUGGCUGCCUCGGGAGGAACCAUCAGGAACAAGCAGAACAGCUUCUUUCUAGUGGUCAGUGGCAAUAAGAAAGCUUACACCAUCAUCACCAAGGACCUUGAUUCUAAGGAAAAGUGGAUGAAAAGUAUAACCGAUGCCAUAGAGAGUUUGUCUCCUCCAGAAAAUCAGACACAAAACCACUCCUUUGCAAUCACUACAUUCAAGAUGCCAAAUACCAGAUGUAGUAUAUGUAAAAAGCUAAUGAAAGGAUCUAUUUUCCAGCUCCAGGGUUUUUGGACCGACUACCUACUCCUCGGCCCCGAAGCAGCCGCCGACGCGCCGAGUAAUUCUUAA